AUGGCUUACAACACGCUAAACAACGAGCCAAGCUCGCCCUUGACCGAGAUCUCGGAUUCAGAUCUCUCUAUUCUUUCUCGGUCGCCCACUCCACCGCCUGAGCUUAGCAAAUCCUUCGCUCGGCGUCGCGCAUACAUGUCCCCGUCUUCCUCGCGACGCUCAUCCGCCAAGACCUCACCCGCGCCAGAAGACAUGCCCUCCCCACCCUCUAGCAACGACGAUAACCCGCGCCCAGCAAAGAGGAGGAAGACGGCAGAGCCCAAGGAGCGUACGGCAGAGUACCUCGAUCUCUCAAGAUCUGAUGUGGAAGAAGACGAGCUACCACAGUUGCAGCGCUUGCUGAGCGUUUUGCACAAGAAGCGCAAGAUUGUGGUUAUCGCAGGUGCAGGCAUCUCGGUUUCGGCAGGCAUUCCCGAUUUUCGAUCUGCUACGGGCCUGUUCAACACGCUCAAGAAGGAGCACAAGCUCAAAUCCUCUGGCAAGGACCUCUUCGACGCGUCUGUCUACCAGGAUGACACGUCCACAUCGACAUUCCACGACAUGGUGCGCACACUGUCACAGCACACUAAAUCUGCGCAGCCCACCGCCUUCCACCAUCUUCUCGCGACCCUAGCCCAGGAAGGGCGCCUAAUGAGACUCUACACUCAGAACGUCGACGGCAUUGACACUUCACUACCCCCUCUCAGUACACAAGUCCCUCUGCCUAAGAAAGGACCAUGGCCCAAGACUGUUCAGGUCCAUGGUGGUUUAGAUUAUAUGGUCUGCUCCAAAUGCCACGCGGUGACGGAUUUCGAUGCCGAGCAGUUCAAUGGGCCUAGCCCGCCUCCCUGCCCAAGCUGUGUAGAGAACGAUGAGAUCCGUCAGUUUGCAGACAAGCGAAGCCACGGCAUUGGUCGGUUGCGUCCCCGCAUGGUCCUCUACAACGAACAUAACCCUGAUGAUGAGUCGAUCGGUUCUUGCGCAGCCUAUGACAUGCGCAUGAGACCAGACGCUGUUAUCGUGGCUGGUACCACGUUGAAGGUACCCGGUGUGCGACGCAUAGCUCGCGAGAUGUGCAACAUCGUUCGCGACCGAAAGGACGGAGUCACAGUAUGGCUGAAUAACGAUCCCGAGCCGAUGGGUAAAGAUCUCGAGGACAAGUGGGAUUUGGUAGUCAAGGGACCCUGUGAUGAGGUCGCGCGUCAUGCCAACAUGCGGCGAUGGGACGACCCGAUGGACUACAAGACGGUUACGGAGGGGGAUCUAAACAAGGUCAGAGGGAAGCAAAGAGCAGAAGUUAUCAUUGGCACUCCUCGGAAACCUGGAGUGCUUCGCAAUGCAGGCCAUCUUACACCCGGGCAAAGCCCACGCAUACUGCCACUAUCGUUCGACAAGGAGGAGCCAGACACACCCUCGAAGAGAGGCACAAAGAGGAAGGCAGAUGCACAGAUGGAUUUGUUUGGCAAGGUUGCUACCAAAGCACCUGCGAGGAAGCCCAAGGCACAGCCAAAGAAGGCGACCACAGCGAGCAAGAGCAAGGCGAAGAAGGAACCUAAGAAGGAGGCCCCGGCCAUCAACAAUGUCUUCAAGGCUACCAAGGGCGGCGCCAAACCUGCAGGCAAACCUGCGGGAAAACCUGCUGGCAAGCCUCUCGCCAAAGCAUCCGAUCCGGCUCUUACCAUCAUCGAGUCGAAGUUCGACUCUCAGACUAAAUUGGAUCCGAAGGAAAACAUCAGCGACGUGAUUCAUAUCCAGAAACGACGGGCCCCGUCUACCCCAAGGAAGCCAGCGAGGCUGACCAAAAUAAAGUCGGAUUUUGUGUUCCAGCCUGUAUCCAACACGGACGGCCGUAACAACCACUCACCAAAGCGACCACCGAUGGAGGGCUUCACUCCUACAAAAGCCCGUACACCUAGUGCUCAGAUCCAAGAGGAGAUGGCAUACGCGCAUGCGACAGCAACCACGUGCGAUUCUCGUCCUUCAUCUUCCGGCAGCGCACAGCGGAACGUUAUUGAGAGUCCCACUGGUGCUGUGCCCAAAAACAUGAAUCACCUUCUUUGCUAG